CUGAUAUAAAAGACACCGCUUAAAACGAUUCCACAUAAUGACGUGGCAAAUACAAGGCGGUGUUGUUCGUAUUGUGGAAUCGCCACUUACGUGAAUUACUGAAAGUUAAAACGCAUCCGCUUCCACAGUUAGUAACCGUGUGGCCGUCGUUCGACUCGUGUCGAAUCGCCUUUUGCAGCGUUGCUCACACGUUCGGUUAUAUCUAGUUCCGCUAGUUUAUCGUUCACAGCAACACACGCGUCAUUCACAACAAUUUUAUCUAGCGUGCGUACGUUAUCCGCUUUUUAUCGCCUGCUUGUCACUGUGCGUAUUGGUCAUUUGAAAAAUUAUAUUUACAGAAAACCACUUAUAUAGCGUGUCUUAACGCCUAUCUUCUACAGAUUGUUUUCAUUAAUUUAAAGAAAACUUUGAGCAAAAACAUUAAAUACAGAAUUUUUAAAUGAAAUAAUUGAAAUAAAUGAAAUAAUUGACAAUAACAGAAUACUGUGUCUUGACGAUAUAUGAUAAACAAGUUUCAAUAUCGCAAUGUCAGUUUCUUAAUUUGGACUUUGUACAUUGAUACGGCAUGCUAAGAAAAUAUAAGAACACGUAUAUGUGAUAAUAUUUUCCAAAAUUUUGAAAACUUCGACCUACGAAGAGUACUGAAUUCCAACGGGAGAAACUUUGGAAUGCACGGCACACAAGUCUGAAAAGAUAUUCGUGGAGGAGGAGUCUGGAUGCCGUCUCGUCGUCCAGCGAUAUAAUUCGAUAGUCGUCAUCGAGCUGUUGAACGUGAGAGUGUUGAAUCGAGCGAAACCAAGUGCUGAUCGUAUCGAUACGAAAACAAGCAAAAAAGUCAGUUUGGCGCGACGAUUCGAAACGUAAUGAUCAUCGAUGUCAUCGACUCAUUAACCAAGGUCUUGUUAAAUAUUCACAACUAUGGAGAUACGCGUGCGGUAUUUGUUCGCCAUAAUGCUAUGCAUUGCGAACAUGAUUAUUUACGGUCUGAAAGUGAAUAUCGCGACGGCUAUCGUUGGCAUGGUAAAAAGGAAACCAGGUGAACAGGACUGGUCGGACGAAUGUCCAGAAUUCGAAGCGCCUGAAGGCGCCGAUAUUGACGGUCCGUUCGAUUGGUCGGCAGGCGAGCAAGGUCUGGUUAUUAGCAUAUACUUCGCGGGAUAUCUGGUCGGGAUGUUUCCGUCGGGCUACCUGGCGGACCGAUUCAACACGAAGAUGGUGUUGCUAACCUGCGUACUGGCGAACGGAGUCUUAACUAUGUUAGUGCCGAUUGCAGCGGGCUCGUUGUCCCUACUGUACACUGUGAGAUUUUUUACCGGUCUCAUGAGCGCGGCGAAUCUACCUAUAGUGAACGUUAUUCUGGGCAAAUGGGUUGUGUACGAGGAGAAAAGUUUGUGGGUCGGCAUCAUAUAUGCCGGAACGUCGCUCGGAACCGUGAUAUCUAUUCUCAGCUCUGGAAUGAUAUUAAAUUACGUAGGCUGGGAGGCUAUUUUUUACAUUCAUGGGACAUUACCGUUGAUCUGGUGUGUAGUCUUCUACAUAUUUUUCGCCGACUGUCCGGAGGAGCAGAAGUACAUAACAGAGCAGGAGAGAACGCUCAUUGUGACCUCGUACGGUCAUCGACCGCCCGGCUCCUCGAAAACGAAAGUACCAUGGAAAAGUAUAUUCACGUCGGUGCCAUUUCUGGCUCUGGUCGCCACCAAUACUCUCGGCAAUUUUUGCUGGUACUUUUUGCUCACGCAGCUGCCGCUUUACAUGAACAAGAUAUUGCGAUAUGACAUCAGAGUGAAUGCCGCUAUUGUUUGCACGCCGUAUCUCGUAAACGCUAUCAUUAAUCCGCUAAUCGGAAAAGUCUUAGAUUGGGGACGGCAAAAGGGACACUGGUCGCAGACAGGUGCUCGUAAAAUUGCAGUCUUCAUAAGUACCGUGCCACCUAGCAUAUUUCUUGUUAUAAUUGCGUACAUUGGUUGCGAUCGCGUUACAUCGACCGUGCUGCUAACUCUCAGUAUAGUGGUCUGCGGUGCUAUAUUCGUUGGUCAUCUUUGUAAUCAGAACGAUCUGGCUCCAAAUUACGCGGGGAUUCUCAUGGGUAUCACAAAUACUCCGGGCACUAUUUCUGCCUUUAUCUUGCCACCAAUAGUCGGCGCGCUCGUAGCCGAAGGGCAUACUAUGGCGCGUUGGAGAGUCUCGUUCUGGAUUACUAUCGUCGCCCAGAUUCUCGCUUUCCUCAUAUUUGCGACUUUCGGAUCGGGCAAAAUUCAACAAUGGAAUUAUCCGGUACCAGAUGUCGAAAACUGGGAAGCCGACGACCAACAGCAGCAACAGCCGCAACAACAAGAAACAAAGACUUAAUCCCAAAUGAUUUUCAUAGUUAUUAAAAAAUCCCAGCAGGGCAUUAUGUUUUUAUAUAAAAUAAUGUUGUCUACCGCGUAGACGAAAAAUAUUCCACAAAUUGCGUAAAUACGUUCCAAUGAUUUGUUAUAAAAAAAGUAUAUGUGCCAAUACUUUUUUAAUGUGUAAUUUUUAUAUAAUUGUGUCAU